UAUGGGAGUCCAUUGAGGAGCCUUGUCCUCUAAGUUAUUUGGAGUCGCAACAAAGUUGGCAAAUGGAACCUGGCAACAGCUAUCACCCUUCCAACAGCUUCAAGUAGAAAAGUAUUGAAGUGGGAAUGGAUUUGAUGAGCAGGACUGAUGACAUGGCUUUACAGGAUGUGAUACCUUGCCCUUAUAAUGAGAGCCACAGCGUUAAACCUUCUCAAUUCCGCUACCAUCUAAUGGAGUGUAAGGACUAUUCUGCCAGACCAAGGGCAGCAUCAGUGAAUGUUAAUAGGAGAAGCCAACCCCAGCUGAAUAACCAUUACAAAGAGCAAUUUAGUACAGUCCCUUUAAUGGAAGUGUACACAAACUCCAAGGAUCCAGACAGGCUUUUGGAGUGUCCAUAUGACAAAAACCAUCAGGUCAGAGCAUGCAGAUUUCCUUACCAUCUUAUUAAGUGUAGGAAGAACCAUCCAGAUGUUGUAAGACAACUGGUAACGUGCCCUUUUAAUGCACGUCAUCAGGUUCCUCGGGGCGAUCUCAUUCACCAUUUAGCAAGCUGUGAUGAUAAGUGCUGCAUCGAGCAAGAUGUUGUAAAUGAAGCUGUUUCACCCAAGAGAUGGGAAACUCCGAGUAGCUGGGAGACUCCACCUUGUGAGGAGGACUGGGACAAUGAAUUGGAAGGAUCGUCAAAUUCUUUAUAUGUGUGGGGCCAGAAUAAUACUGUUGCUAGGAAGAGCAGUUCUGUCACCAGAUCAGCAGUGAUUGGCCCUUCUCUGUUGGAACGGAAGAGUAAUUUGUCACCUGGAAUAAGGGCGCCAAGAUCAGCUCCAUGUGUGCUACCUUGGAAAACUGGUGCAACUUUAAUCAAUGAGUAAUAUAAGCUGUAGAGUUCUGAAUUGAAAAAGACUAAAGCUGUAUUUGAAGAAAGUCUGAAUCGGCACUUCGUUCAUUUGGGUUUGUUAGCUUUUAUUCCUGUUGCAUCAUUUUUGAGUGUAUAAACGUUUAUAUAAUGUAUAUUACCACUUUAAAUGACUUAGCAGUAACUUGGAUACUGCAGAUUGUUUCUGCACAAAAAGAGAUGGCAGUAUUGUUUUAAUAUCUGUUGUGGUUAUACAUAGACUGUGGUUGCAUUUACACGUUUGGUGACCAGUCAUAUUUUUCUGUUGUGCAUUAGAGUGAUAGAAGACAAAACUGAACCUAAAGUAGAUAACCAUGUAAAAUAAAACAAGGAUAAGUUUACUGUAACCAUGUAAAAUAAAGCAAGGGUAAUGUUACUGCUAAAUUCUUAAUGCCUUCAUCAGAGUGAUUGCCACUCUCAUGGUAGCUAAAAGAAAUGUCAGAUUUUUGGCACUUAGAUUUUUUGCUGUAGUUUGAGCUUUCCUGAUAGCCCAUUAGUAUUUCAUAAUACUGCUUUGCUGGUGAUUUUUGAACUACAUUUGUCAUCUCUAAAUCUCGAAAUAGUUUGGACGUAGACUACUGCAACAAAAACUUCACACCGUUUAUAGAUCAAACUUAAAUGGUGUAGAUCUUCAAAUAGAGAAAAAUUAAAAGGGAAAUAAAUUGGAAGGCGUAACCUGCUGAAUAUCUUGCAGUGCAGCUUUAAUGAAGGAUACAGUGGCAUUCUAAUCCUUACCCCAUUCUUGGCAACAGUUGAAGCUUUCUGCUGAUUUUUUGAGAAACUUCUUGUUUAUUUCAUGUCUCUCAAUGAAAGUAUAUUGUAUUUUGUAGUAAACUGUUUUCAUUUAUUGUACUUUUAAUUUUUAAUAAUUGUCAUUUUAUAAUCAAACAGUAUUGUGUGAAUGUAUUAAGUUUUUUUAAAGGUAUGCCACAGAAUGAUUUCAUGUUUUUUUUUUGUCUUGAGAAACUAGCACAUGGUCUCUUAUGUUACGUUGCACUGUUUUUUUACAGUUUAAGCAUGCCAGCAAAGCAAAAUGGAUUCAGCUGUGUUGUAUUCAUUUUUCUUAGAUGUAAUUGGGCUCCUGUAAUAAAACUUUGGUAGCAUCCUUUA